CGUUUAUAUACCAAACAAAGCAAAAAAUUUAGUUUGGUUUAAGCUAACAAUAAAAUGGGAUCUAGCAAAAAUGAUUUAGAGUCAGACACUGACGCUUUGGGCUUCAAACCAAGUUUGAUACCCAUCCGCCCUCAAGAUGCAGUUCCUGGCCAAGAUCCAGAGGAUGAAUAUUACAACAUGUCUCACUCCAACAGGGGUAUAGCCCUCAUUUUCAACCACCAAUACUUUGAUAGUCCGUUUAACAAAGAAAGAAAAGGCACUGAAUUCGAUAGAGAUGCCAUACAGGGUGUCCUGAAAAAAAUUGGGUUUCAUGUCGAAGUUUACGAGGAUUAUUCUAGAGAAAAAAUAAUGGAAACUUUACAAAUAGUAUCGAAAAUGGAUCACACAGAAAACGAUUGUUUGGUGGUGGCUGUAAUGUCGCACGGUAGGACUAAUGGUAGGAUCAGUGCCAAGGAUAAGGAAUACACUAGUGGCGAAAUGUUAGAGUUUUUUGCUGGCGAUAAGUGUCCCAGUUUAGCUGGAAAGCCGAAGUUGUUUUUCAUACAAGCUUGCAGGGGUGAUAAAACCGAUCCAGGGGUGCGAAUAGAGAAAGACAGCCAAAAUUCUGAAGCUAAUCGUAUAAUCUAUUCGAUUCCAGCUAUGGCUGAUAUUUUAAUAAUGUAUGCUACUGUUGAGGGUUAUUACGCCUGGAGAGAUCCCAAAUCAGGAGGAUGUUUCAUCCAAUCGUUAGCCAGAAAACUGGAAGCGCAUCACGCAAACCGCGACCUCUUAUCCAUCCUGACCAUCGUCAACAGGGAAGUGGCCGUUGGCUUCGAAUCCAACCAUUUUUAUCAAGAAUUGGACAAGAAAAAAAUGAUGUGCUCCAUCGUUAGCAUGUUGACCAGGCUUUUGCGGUUCGACUAGUUCGAUUUACUAUAAAUCUUAUACCGCUUUCUUCUAAUUUAUUUUAUUUAUGUCAAUCACUUUUUAUAUUAGAGAGAAACCUGCAACCGUGAAAGAAAAACUCUUUACUUUUACCAUCAUAUAUUAAAUCAUUAUAUUUUAAUUAUUUUAAUUGUUAUUAAUUGCCAUAUGUUUACCGAAAUAUUUAGUUCUCUGACGCGCGAAGGAAAAUUAUCUCACACGGCAGAAGAGGAGCUUUACCGCUUUCGAUUUCUAAGCUCAUCGGUUUUUAUGGGUAAUUUAUUUGAGUGCAGAGAAGGACUUAGGAUUCAAAUCAGAAAAUGCAAAUGCAUAAUAGAAGAAGAAGAAACUUAAGACAAAUUUGAGAAGUUGCUGUAAAAGGCAAGUUUUUAGUUUAUUAUACUAUUUAGAAAAUAAAAAUAGUGUAGCCUGUAUAGUCGAAUAUUAUUAUGAAUCAACCCUUAGCUGUCAUUAAGUUCAGUAUUACUACAGAAGUUUCUUCAAUAAAAGCCUGAUCCAA